CAGUCCACUGAACAUUUACUGUAUUUCAUUUGGGGAACAGCAACAAGCCUCCGGAGAAGCUUUCCAGGGAAUGCUGAGGAAUAUCUGACCGCACAGAAAACACCACCCACAGCUGAGUUUCCCCUUCUUUUUUAAAAAAAAAACAAAAAACAAAACAAAACAAACAAAACAACAAAUCUUUACUUCUCAUUGAUGUCGCCAAAGUAGUGGGAAGCUCGGGUCAGUAGGAGAGCGGCCGCACGCGGACUGUUCGCCUGUCGGUGGCUGCUUUUUUUAAAAUCCCGAGUCCUGGAGGAGGAGAAGAAGAAGGAGGGAGCGAAGCAGAAGCGAAAGACGACCAAAGACGAAGAGGAAAAAGAAGAAGAAGACAGUCCAAGUGAACGAGAGAAAAGAGUCAGGCUCAGAAUGAAUAACAACAAAAUCGAGAAAGACAACGAGCCGAGUGAAUUCACCAACCACGAAGAGGAGGUCCGAACACUAUUUGUCAGUGGGCUACCACUGGAUAUUAAGCCGCGGGAGCUCUAUCUCCUGUUCAGACCAUUUAAGGGCUAUGAAGGCUCCUUGAUAAAACUCACUUCCAAACAGCCAGUGGGGUUUGUCAGCUUUGACAGUCGAUCAGAGGCGGAGGCUGCUAAGAAUGCCUUGAACGGGGUCCGGUUUGAUCCGGAGAUCCCCCAGACCCUGCGGCUGGAGUUCGCCAAGGCCAACACCAAGAUGGCCAAGAACAAGCUGGUUGGCACCCCCAAUCCCCCUCCCUCCCAGCAGAGCCCCGGGCCACAGUUCAUUAGCAGAGACCCAUAUUCGUUGGCUCCCACCUGCAGAUGGAACUCCUCAGGGAUGGAAGUCCAGGCAGUUCUGCUGAAGUAUGUGUUCCUGAUGUGUGAUGGUGGCCGUGGCCGGCUGUGACGGGCGUUGCUGAUUGCCUCUCGUGUCCAAUUAGAAACAAGGAGGACUGACCUGACUCCAGCCCUCGGAGCAACGUACCGUCGGCAGCAGCAGCCUCAUGGGCCUCAGGACAUACUAGACCCCAGCCUCCAUCACACAUCGAGCACCCCCACCCUUUCCCAAAGUCCCUCCAACUCUUUUUUAUACUGUUACAUACUCAAGAUUUACCGGCAGCGCUUUGGCUACACCUCCUCUGACACCUCCACGAAAGGUACCGGGCAUGCAUGACAAAGGCGCACACACCCUUUGUUUACCAGUUGACUGCAUCGCCUGUCUAACGUUAAGCAGGUCUCUUGCUCUGCAUUCUGUAUAUGCAAGUGUUAAAACAGCCAAAGGAGUGCAAACACAAUUUAUGCAGGAUCUUGGCAUGGCCAGACGUGUGGCUAAAGCGCUGCCGGGUAAUGUUAUUAUAUGACUAUAAUUAUUAUAAUUCUGUAUAUCAUUCAUAUUAAUGUUAUUAUGAUUAUUAAAUACAUGUUGAAGCAUGACUUUGCAAAAAAAAAGGAAAAAAAAACAAUGCUGUACAUUUUUAGAUAUUUUAAAGAAAUACAAAAAAGUAUUUUUGUAAUCAAGACAAUGUUUGAAAUGGUUCUGUUUGAUUGGUUCAUGUUGUGCUAAAGUGUGUGAGGAACUUUCAUACAUUUUUUUUUUUUCCUGUGCCCUUCCUGUUUUGUGCCAUUAUAAAAUGGCAAGUAGCUCUGCUAUACCAAAGCAGUCCUGUCGGUUUGCUCUUGUCUUUUCUACAUACUGUGUGGAUUUAGGUUUGCUCAUGUGUGUCCGUGUGUGGCGUCUUUUACCCGAUGAAGCAAGCAUAUUAGCCCUUUGUCUGAUGUGCUUUGGUUCAGCUAAGCAGUCAAUGUGUGUGAUACAAACACACCUGAUCCAGCUCAUAAUUUUAGGAGUUUGAGGUAAUCAGAUGUGUUGAAAGGGGCAUUGACAGGAAUAAGCCAUCCCUGGUGAAGGUAGAGUGACCCCGGAGACUGUAAAACAUGGCCCUGCUAUAAUAAAGAAUUAGCUCCUUCAUCGUGUAGCAGGAAGACAGCAGCACAGUAUAGAGAAACAAAAAGACCAAAGGCAUUUUUUUUUUUACACUGGAGAGCUAUCUAGGCUAGUGGAAUUAUUCCGUUUUUGACUGCUUUGUAGUCCUCAAUCUGAUUUCUUAUGAAGUAUGACGUUAUUUUUGCUGCAUGUCUCUUUUGGUGUCACUCCAAAGAGCCACUCCGCGUCUGAAAGGAUAUUCACUUUUAAGCAAUUUGUCUCUUUUGUCUAUUUUUAGGGAGCCAACGUGAUUCAACCCGCUUUUGUAAAUUUUGAAUUUACAUGGUAAUGAUUGGAGUGUAAAAGAAAAAAAAAAAAAUCUUUUGUAAUCUUGUGUAUUCUUGGCCUGCAAUAACAUCUUUGCUGUCUGACAUAUCAUCGAGUGAUCAUAUUUUUGUGACAUUUUGACGCCAAAAUUCUCAUUUAUGUCGCGUUCUUACAAAAACACAGACAGUAAAUUCUUGUACUUUUCUGAUAAGGCUAAGUCACAUUUCACAGUGAUGUGACAGUCAAAAAACUGAAAUACUGUAAACAAUCUUCCCUAUAAUGUUUAGCCCAGGUGUGUACAAUCAUAUUGGAGUGGUUGAAUCAUAUAGUCAGUGUUUGUAAUGAAUAAUAAUAAUAAUAUGCACAUAAUAUCAACGGAUUUUCUGAGGCAGUUUUUGCUUUUACAGACAUUUUUUAAGCCAAGUGUGGCACCAAAUUUAUUAGAACAAGUAUUUAUAAGGUGUGUGUGUGCGGGUGUGCGUGUGUGUUUUUAUGGGUAUUAUGUUUUUAAAGUUCAUAGAAGAUGCCCAUCAUAUAAUUCAUUGUAAGUAUUAUUGUAAGUUUAAUUGUAUAUUCAUUUGGUAAGUUUCUAGAGCUUCUUUUUGUGUUUGUAUCUGAUAUAUGAAUACUGUUUUACCUACAUAAUUCACUGUGAAAUCCAGAGAAAAACAUGCUCUUUGAACGAAUGGAUCUUUUCGUGUUUUGCCAGCAGUACGGUACAGAAGUUCCUGGAAAUUAAUAUAAUGAUCCCUCCCUUUGUCAAUGACAAAUAUUCCUUUCUUGUUUCAGUAUACCAUGUGCGUAUCUGUGUGUUCUGUGCAUGUUCAUGGCAUGUGUGUGUUCUUUUUUUUUUUCUUUCUUUUUCCUAAUGCAUACAGUACUGUUGAUAUUUAUGUACUUUAGCCGCUGUGAGGAGAAACUGUAUUUCAGUGAAUUGCAGAGGUUUGUUUGUUUGAAACCAAAAAAAAGGUGAUCAAAAUGAGAAGUUUUUAUGAAAAUGUUAGAUGAAGACAUUUCAGGCUGUCUGCCAUUAAAGAUUGAUAUCCUCCCUGCUGU